AUGAAUGAUUUAUACAAGAAAAUGAAACUUUUACGCUUGCAAACUGUAUUGUUGGCUUUUUGCAUUCGUCGUACUUUGAAAGUGCCAAAAGAAUUAUUUAAAGCCAAAUUAGAGCAACUUAUGUUUGCGAAGUCUGACGAUGAAUUGGAAGAUGAUGUCAUAGUGUUUUCUGAAGGCGAAGAUAGUGAUAUGGAGCCAGAAAUCAUUGAAAAAUUGUCUGACGUCAUUGAAGCCGAUAAUGAAAAUGUUCAGCAAAUUACAAACCAAGCAAACGUAAGAGAAGAGCCUGUCAAUGAAUCGUAUUUAGCUAAAGAUGGUAUGCAUUGGAAGCCCUGGAUUAUGGUUUAUAACAAUGACAAUGAUCUAUCCGGCAUAUAUGUAAGUCCACCUGAUCCAAAUGUUUUGAAUGACAAAGAUUCGGCUGACAAGAAUAAUGGUGGAUUUGUAGAUAACCUGUCCCGAAGACAAUUAUUAGCUGAAGCCGAGCUGGGUUAUUUCGAUGGUGCACCAGAAGACAAUAGUGUUUUUAAAGAGAUGAAAGAUGAGCAAACACCACGUGACUCAAGCGAAGAAGAUCCUUUUGCUAGUUGUGACUUGGACUUGGAUCCAGUAUGCACACCUGGUAGUUCAAAUGAAAGUUCUUCAGACAGAAGUCAGUCUACAAUAGUGUCCUCCACACAGAACAUCUCGGAGCCAGGUCCUUCUUCAGGCCAGAUUAUAAAUAUUAAUAUAGAAACCAUAUCUUCAUCUACGUCACGUAAACGCAAAGGCUUCCAUCAACUUGGAAACGCAAUCAGCAAGGGAGCCUCAGACUUUCUGAAAAGGAACAUUUUUCUCAAAAAGGUAAUAUUGUUAGAGAAAAAUCUGUUAAUACUGUCGGUAAUUGUAAAUGUCACUAUAGGUGUACAGAAAAAAUUAGCCAGGCAAAGAAGCAAAAAUUAUUUGAUGAUUUUUACUCCAUUCAAGAUAAAACAGGAAGGUGGAGCUUUAUCAGCAGUAGAUUUACGAAAAAAAUACUUAAUCGGCGAUAUAAAUCAAAUAAUGAAGAUGCCGCCUCUAGACGCAAAUACACUAUGGUGUACAAUUUAA